AUGUCGUGUUUAGCCAAUCAAACCAAACAUUUAAUGAAUGUGUUGACUGUGAGAGACAAAUAUUUGUCGGAUAUUUUGGUCGACAAAUCGGAUAUCGAUAGCCAAUGGACUGGCAGUCAAUCAAUUGUCCGAUUAGUUGACGAAUCCAUUGAUGACUAUAACCAAAGCGAUGACAACAACAACAAAACAAUUGGCAGUCAAUCGGUUACCGAAUCGUUGGACAAUAAUAUAAAUCCAAAUGAUAUCAAUAUAAGCAGUACUGAUAAUUACAAUCAAUUGAAUUGUGAAUUUAAUGGCAAUGUUGUUGACUAUCAUCGGAUCGAUGGUAAGCACAGGGACUCGGAUGAGAUACAGGAGCUCAAGGAUAUGAUUAAACAAAUGCAGAUAAGAAUCAGUGAAUUGGAGAAAAAAUGA